AUGGAGCUCGGCGCAUCGCGAGCGCGCGCGGAGACGAACGCGGCGACGCGAUCGGAGGCCUCACCGCUCGCCGUCGUCGCGCGCGCCUUCAGCCUCAUCGGCUGGGUCGCCUUCGGCGGCCCCGCCGCGCACGUCGGGUUAUUCUCAAAAGUCUUCGUCCGCGACGACGCGUCGGCGGUGAACGCGGACGCGGACGCGGAGGCGUCGAUGAAAUGGCUCUCCAGAGGGACGUUCGCGGAGUUCCUCGCCCUCGGGCAGUGUUUACCCGGACCGACGUCGACGCAGAUGUCGUUCGCGAUCGGCAUCGCGCGCGCCGGGACCUUGGGUGGAUUAACGUCGGGUAUUUUGUUUCAGUACCCGGGGUUGGUGUUGAUGUCGCUCGCGGGCGCGGGGGCGGCGGAGGCGUUGACGCGCCCGGGGGUCGUCGCCCGCGCGUUCACCGCCGGGUUAUCCGCGGGGGGGGCGUCGUUGAUUUUUAGCGCCGCGGAUUCCCUGGCGAGGAGUCAGGGGGGGAAGACGCGGACGACGCGGUUGUUGUGUGCGUUUUCGGCGGCGUGCGCGACGUACGCGUCGCGGGCGUGGUUGUUCCCGUCGUUGAUCGCGUUCGGAGGGGUGGCGACGUACGUCGAAGCCGCGCGGGCGGCGGCGGCGGCGAAGACGACGAACGCGCGCGAUGGUGACGCGACUUCGGACCCGCGUGAUGAUGACGCGGAGGAGGUCACGCGCCUGGGCCUGUCCCCGCUCGCGGGUGGGUUCAUGAUCCUCGCCUGGGCGUCCGCGCUCGUCGGACUCGGCGUGUACGUGUCGAACACGACGUACGAGACGAAUAAAGAGUUACACUGGUUCGAGGCGUUUUAUCGCACCGGAUCGAUCAUCUUUGGCGGUGGACAGGUGGUGUUGCCGCUCCUGCUCAACGACGUGGUGCAAUACGACACGACGUGCUCUGCGAGGGACGCCGUCACCGACGCGUGCGCGGCGUGGACGAAGACGGAGCGCGCCACGUCGUGGGUCACCGAGGAGCAAUUCUUCGCCGGUCUCGCGCUCGCGCAGGCGGCUCCGGGGCCGUUGUUUAAUCUCAGCGCGUAUCUCGGCGCCGUCGCGGCGAGACGCGCCGGAGUGAACGUCCUCGUCGGCGUCGCGUGCGCCUGGUUCGGCUUGUUCGGCCCGGGGGUGAUUCUCAUCUUCGCCGUGAUGCCUUUUUGGGGACGAUUUAGGAAAUGGGACGUCUAUAAGCGCGCGUUGCCCGGGUUGAACGCGAGCGCGGUGGGUCUCGUCGUCGCCGCCGCGUUUAACAUCGCGUUCAAGGUGCGCGCGCUGAGCCCGUUCCCGAACGCCACGACGUCCAUCGCGCUCAUCUGCGCCUUUUGCGCGCACAUCGUAAAGUUACCGCCGGGGUGGUGGACCUUGCUCCAGGCCCCGCUCGUGAUCGUCCUGGGCGGUCUCCUCGGUUUAUUCGCGCACGCGACGGAUAUGAACUGA